AUGAGAGUUUCAGAGAGUGUAGGUCAAAAGUUAAGGAGAGUGAACAUUGAUUAUUCAUAAUUCGAGCUGCCAGAGAAUUCUUUAGAUUACUACUUGAAACCUGUGAAACCUAAAUUGAAUUAUAGCAAGCUCCUGCAUAAACAAUAAUCUCCUCACAGAGAAAUACCUCAUACCAUCUCGUGCAGAAUCAGACCCCAAAUCAUUACUCAAGCAUACAAUGACGUCAUCAAUUAAACGAGUUUAAAAACUCUGCCUAUUCGACAACUGAUUCCUCAAAAUAAUAAUCGUUCCUUUGUUUUAAAACAUAAGAAGCCAAGCAUUGAAGCCCGUUAUAAAUAGAUAAUGGAAUAUAAUGUUGAAGAGCAAUUCGUGGAAUUGAGAAGAUUAAUGACCCGAUAGAAAAAAUCAUCUAGCCUUGGAAAAAGGGUUAAAUUUUUAUAAUGA